AUGGCGGUGGUGGGGGGCGGGAAGGAAGGGCCUAGAGGGGCUUUAGGACAUAGGCCCUACAAGGAUCCUCCUCGAGGGAAAGGCCCCAGGACCUGCGCAGUGACCACUGCCGUCAGGGCCCGUGAGAGGCUGAAGCAGAGGCUGCUUCAGAGGCGCGAGGUUCUGAUGCAACACAGAGGGAUAAUCAUCCAGAAUAUCCCUGGCUUCUGGGCCAAAGUCUUUGUGAAUCAUCCACAGAUGUCGGCCAUGGUCCGUGACAAGGAUCAGGACAUCCUUUCCUACAUGAUCAAUGUACAGGUGGAAGAACUGGAGCAUCCUCAUAAUUGCUACAAGAUCAUGUUGUUCUUUGGGAUCAACCCCUACUUCUCUAAUGAAUUGAUUGUUAAGGAGUAUCUGAGCAAUGUCAAUGGAUACUCAGCGUAUCAUUCCACUCCAGUUAAGUGGCUUCAGGAUUAUAAGCGUGAGGCCCACAGCUACAGGUACUAUAACAAUAGUCUCAGUAUCUUCAACUGGCUUGCAGACCACACGUUUGUGGGUUCUAACUGGAUUGCUGAGAUCAUCUGCAAGGACAUUUGGCUCAACCCCUUGCCGUACUACUUUGGGGCCCAGGCAUCUGGAGACAGCAUAGAACAUCCUGAGCACUUCAAGAAUUAGGAUUGAAUGGGUUAGAAGUGUGUUCAUCUGGAAAGCAUUCUGGAGAAGAAUGACAUCAUUGCCUCACAAAUAGAACAUAUGGAAGAAGAUACAGAUAUUGUAGUGACAUGAACACAGCUAUAUAUGCUAACUUAGCAUAAUGCUGAAGAAACAACAAAUAACAGAUAGUUGUUGCAAUUCCAAAAUUUAUGUCUGGCUUCAGGAAUAAUUUUACAUAUAUAAAUCAAUAAAUGGGCUGUACUACAUGGACACUUUGAAAUAUCACAACCAUUAUCAGGCCAAUGUGAUGGCCCAUUUGCGCAAUUUUUGCCUUGCACCUUCUGGGAUUCCAUGUGGGUGUCAUUUUAUGUCCUGGAUGCUCCACUUUUCCCCAAAAUCCCUGCCUGUGGCUUUGGAAAGCACUGGAGAAUG